UUUUAUUCUUAUUUUUAUACAGAACAAUUCCUUUAAAUCAUCAAUGACAAUGGGCAAAAUCAUAAAGUAAUAACAAAAAGUCUGCGAAUCCAGUAAAUGUAACUUUUAACUCAGGCUUCUGUAUGGCUGCCAUUAGCCUUUCAAAACAAAAAAAAACACACUCCGCCUAUGGUGGCAACGACCAAGAAAAAUCCAACCUUGUAUACCCUGACAAAAUUAUGCGCUGUAACAAUGCGGCCUGCCGUGCCUUGCACAGACUACAACGUGUUUCAGAUUGCUUGAGUGAAACUUGACGUGCCCGGCCCUGCUUUGGCUGCUACGUGCCGCGUCAUUGCGUUUACAUACGCUGUAGUCACGACGUCAUAGUCUCAUCUCGCAGGCGGUGACGAAACUGUGGGAGAAUCGGUCUGCAAGAACUAAGGCUGGGCAUUUAAACGGCGAUGUGGGACUUUUGAAAAGUUAUUCGGGCUUGUUAUGAAUAUAAUCGUGACUGUACCACGAAAAGUGAAACUAUUAUGCGGUAUGGAGACUUAUAGUCCUUUUGCAGCACAGUGCCCCGCGUGUAAAGGAAAGCAAAUUUGGUUGCAGUGAUAAAGUUUAGAACAGGUGCCAUGCCAUUUCAUCUCAGGCUAGUGCAACCCGUUUAUGUGUGCCGACUGGCAAGCCCAUAUGCCCAAGCACCCAGCGAUGGCAUUUCUCUGGUCUGUAACUCACUGGAGGAUAUUAACUCUUUAUCGCUGUUGCGGAUCGUCCGUCAACUCUCCGAUAUCUCCAGGCAUGCUGAGGACAUCCUCUCCAACAUUCAUUUUCAGGCGUCUGCUUUGGGGGAUCGAAGUACCCGCUUGCAGAACAGGAUUUCGUUUUUACAGCAUAUGAUCAGCCACCUGGACCAUAGAAGGGUUCCAGUUCCGAUUUCCAGUCUCGAUGAAGAAAGUAAGUGGACAGUCCAUUACACAGCCUCUUGGCAUCAACAGGAGAAUGUGUUCCUCCCAUCAUCUAGACCUUUAUGUGUGGAUGACCUUCACAGGCAAGCCAAAGUGAACCUCAAAACUGUGCUUAGAGAAUGUGACAAGCUUCGGCGGGAUGGCUGUCGCAGUUCACAGUACUACUCCCAGGGACCAACAUUCUCCUCAACACCCAGCAUGGUUUCCACAACCUAUCAGGAAGAAGCAGAUACACUUGAACAAAAGUUUUCUGUUUCAUCAAGUGAAGAGGGACAGUGUAAUUCAGUUAAAAGGCCCAAAACUCCUGUGUCUCUUGAGUUUUCUGAAACUCAAACUAACUGGACCAAGUCAUUGCCACUGCCUACUCCAGAGGAAAAGAUGUGCCAGAAGGCUCACACAGUACAGACAGAUGUGAUUCCUAUAAACAUAACAGGGGAGACUUUCGACCGCCAGGCCAGCUUUCGGCGGUCACUUAUUCACACAGACACUGUCGUAAGAUGUCCGAAGAAAGUCAAAAGGCGAAAGACUAUAACAGGGGUCCCAGACAACAUACAAAAGGAGCUAGCAGGUACUGGACACACUGGCCUUAGGUGGCAUUCAAUGCUCAUACCUGAUCAUUUUAAUACUUUGGAACAUUGCCACCACUCAACGCAACAGCUGGACACCAGAGAUUUCAGCUGCCAAACUGAUGAAAUAAAAAUAGUGCCACCAUCAGUCAGAAGAAUCAGAGCACAGAAAGGGCAAGGUAUUGCUGCUUUGAUGUCCAGUUCCUCUGGCAACAUGUCCACUCUGAGUGACUCUGCAGCAUGUUCCUCACAUCUGAAUGGCAACCUGCACUUCCGCAGUCUACCCAGGAUUGGAGCAAGAGUAUCUCUGCAGUCCCUUGACCAAUGCAAUGAUAAUUACAGUCUUAUGGAGGAGUCCUUCAACACUUUGCCUUGGCAGGUAAAUCGACUGCAAAUGGAUGAUACUAAUGUUCAUUUAACGAAUAACCAUAGAUCAACUGUUCUUCAAAGGCCUAAGUCUCAUGAAGUAAAAUGUUGUGAAAGUGAAAUUUCCUCAAGUCCAGCAUGUAUGGUCUCACCUCAUGCUGCUUAUUCAACAAGCAUUAUUCCAAAUGCCAUGCUUUCAUAUUCCUCAGAAUUAAUAUCUAUUCACACCCCUCACAGCAGUGGACUUCUAGACAGGAAACCAACAGUCCACAGUUCAUCUUCUAACAGAAAGGGUUUUACUUCUGGGAUUGCAGAUAAUCAUCAUUCCUCAUGUGGUAAUUGGAGUGAGAACAGUUCAUCUAGGAGCUCACAAAUACAUGUUACUGGGUCAUCUAUAUGUAAAAUAGGAGAUGUUCCUCACAAUAUUCCUUGCAAAAUUAAUAUUGGCUUUAACAACCACUCAUUUGACAGUCACAGUCAAAGUGAAUUAAGCUACUCAGAUGGUCAUCAAAGAAAUGCCAGUAUAACUAGCAGCAUUAAUAGUGCAGACAACUGGUUUUAUAAUUCUAGGGACAAUCACAGUGCUCCAACUAAGAAACUAUCAUCUGUAAUUUCUGGGUGUCCUAUGAGCACUAUGAACUCCUGCAGUUCUAAGAGGAAAGCAGAUUCUUGCUCUUUGUAUUCACUGGACCAAGAUGGUUUUUCAAUACAUAUAGAUUCUGGAAUAAGUUUAGCUGACCAAAGCCAAAUUAAUGGAAUUGAGAAACUACACUAUAGUGUCAUAAAUAUGUUUGACAUAAAAGAGAUGUCCGAUAUAGAAGUGAAAACAGGAUGUAAUAACAAACCACUUCCACAUAGCAUAUCUUUGAAGAAAUCUAAAAAGCCUCCUCAACCACCUUCUAGGACAGAUUCUCUCAGAAGGCUGUCUGCGAAAGUUAUCCAAACUAAUAGGCAGGUGCUCAACGAAACUUUUAUUGCUACACUUCAACAGUCUUUGCCACUAAACUUGAAGUGUAAGAGCACUGGCUCACCUUUGCAGUCAAGUCCCUGUAGUGAUUAUGCAGAUCCCUGGAUCCUGCACUCAUGUAGCCAGAGUACAGUUAGCGCCAAUAGUAGCGGAAUAUCUGUUGUUGCUCCAAAUAUGUACUCUAUCUGUACUGUGACACCCUCACAGAGUGAAUCCAGUAGCAUGAAAUCUGAAUAUUCUGAUCAGUGGAGUUGCUUUAUUGACUACUGCCAGACUCCCACUGAGCAACCCAAAUCAUCAAAACACAAUCUAAGUAGUCCUGCUGGCCUAAAUAAAUACAAUGCACGUAAGUCUUCCUAUGGAAUUAGGACUUCAGCACCCCAAGGCCACACUGGAUCAGGUAAAGGUUUUUCCUCUUCAGAAAAAACACGCAGAGUUGCAUCACCAUCUAGCGGAUAUUCAAGCCAGUCAAACACUCCUACCACAUUGACACCAGUGCCUCUUCUCUCAAAGAAUAUGUCUCAAGUAAAUGUAAAAUACAAAAUGAAACCAAAAGUACCUGAAAGACGAUCCUCGUUGGUAUCCUCAGUUUCAGUUUCAUCUUCUUCUACUUCCCUUUCAUCAAAUACUUCAGACUCUCUGCAGCAGAGCAUGCAGUUUUCAAAUGUGAUGUUGUCAACCCACGCUCUUUCAACCCCUCCACUCACUCCUGACCUUCCUCCAUCCCCAACAAUGGAUGCAACUGACACAGGUUCUCUAGAGUGUUCACCUAAAUUUCCACCUCCUCCCCUUGAGGUUACAAUGCUUACAGACCAUGACUUGGAUCUGUGGCUUUCAUGCUCCUCUCAAAACACUGCAAUGAGUAAACCUAUGGAUAGUCUACCAUAUCCUCCCUCUCCUCUUGUUACUAUGAUGCACAGUAUGCUUCCAUCACCUGCAUCCCCGCUUAUCACUAAGGUACUGAACAUUGGAACGGAACAAUUUUCACUCAAAAAUGCUGACUGCAGUAAUUUUCUAAAUGAUCACAGUAAACAGGAACUGUUGAAACCAACCGUUCCUAUUGUAACUGCUCAUGCAUUGCAAAUGGUUCAUUUGAGAUCUGUUAAGAAAACAUCACAACCGGAAACUGAACAAAUAGCUGAAUACAUGCCAGAAUCCUGCCUACAUGAUGAGGCAUCAGCCUUAUUUAUACAGCAAUCUUUAGUACCGUCUGCCUCUCCAGAACUGAAAUCCACUGAAAACCAAACAGAAAAUACAAAUUACAACAUGCCGGCCCAGCAAGUACUGUCCUGUGGUUUUCAAAGCAACGCACCUCAACUAACUUUUGGUGAAAUAGAAGCAGACAAAGCACAUAAAGAACACAUAGAAGAAUUUAAGAAUUCAGCAUACACUGUAAACUCAUCUUCUCAUGAGAAACAAAGUAUAUCACAAAGCACACCAAAUUCAUUUCUCAACAAGAAUUCUCCUUCUGUUUCAAAGAAGCCUAAACUGUUACUUAUCUUUCCACCUCCACAACUUGAUUUGGCAGCAGAAAAACUAGCACAAGUCAAUGAAAAUGUGAAAAGCAUGCCAAAUUUCUUUGAAACGGAUACCAUAAGCGAACUUUGUGAGAGUGAUGAAAACUACAGAAAGAAAGCUGAAGACAUUGAAGAACAAACCAGUGGUUUGGUUUACCAAGAACAAGAAGCAUGGUUUUCCCCAUGCAAACUUAAUAAAAACAGAGUUUUCAUACUUCCACCAGUUCCAGAAAUGCAGAAUCACCAGCAAAAGGAAGAGCAGCAAUCCAUAUCAGAUGAACUCAAUAUUUAUAUUAACAUUUCUGAGAAUACAAGCUGCAAUCAAAAUACAUUUCAAGAUGAUGACACUGCUGAAGUCUUUAAUAACGACACCGCAAAUUCACCGCUCUGGACAAGCAGUGACAUAAUGAGCAAUGAAGAAGUGACCACUCCAGCAAGGCCUGUUACAACGGAGGAUCUUUUUGCUCGAAUCCACAAAUCCAAAAGAAAAGUUCUUGGGCGAAAAGAUUCUGAUGAUGAUUCUUACAGAAAUCUCUCCUCGUCUCCUCCAGUCACCCCAACUGGUAAUACACAUCUAAGUUCUUUCAAGCAGACAGGAUCAAUCCAAAGAAGUGUCAGAAAAACUAUGACAAGCAGUGACAGUUUCAAAGCACUGCUGUUAAAAAAAGGAAGCAGGUCUGAAACUGGCUUUCGCAUGUCUGCUGCGGAAAUGCUGAAACAUACUGAUCCAAGGUUUCAGAGAUCAAGAUCAGAUUCAUCUCUUGAGUUUCCAGAAAGCCCCACAUUUCCAUCACCAAACAAGAACAGGAAGGUACAAGAGGAAUGGGCUAAGAAUGAAGGCCUGAUGCCUAGAAAUAUGUCUGUCUCUGGAAUCCGGUACAGCCGCGCCAGGACUCCUCCUUCUGCAGCAAGUAGCAAAUACAAUGUCCGUAGUCGUCUCCAGAGUAGCCCAAUGACUGUUAUAUGUGAAGGAGAAGGAGAGGGUGUAGAAACUGUGGAAAACAGUUUUUCAAAGGGUCCUCCUUUGUUGAACACAGAGAGUCUGGACAUGUGUUACAACACUGACUCAGAAAUAAAUAAAAAAGAUGAUGAACAGGUAACCAACAACAUAGUGCACAUAAACUUAAACAUACUGUUAGAAAAGAGCAUAGAGGAUGAUAGUGGCUGCAUAGAAGAAAUCAUUUAAUACUAAAUGUCUCAUUCUGUCUUAUUGAGAUACUGUAUAUAAACUAACAAAAGCACUGAGAAUGCCAUAUCACUUGAAAAAAGUAAUGUUGGGCAUUACUUGGCACUUAUCUGAAAUUAUAUAUGUGUCAGCAUUACCUUCUAGGUAGAAUUUGGCUAGGCUUGGUUUGGUAUGCAGCACUUGCACAAUAGAAAGUGUGAAAGUCAAAGCAGAUAUUCACCAGUGUGUUGUUAGAAAAUGGAAAAUGGAUGUAAGAUGUAGCAUUUAAAUUAUGGAAAAUACAGUAGAGGGUUGCAAAUGUUUUCUAAUUUUAGCUUUAUAAAUCUUGAGCAAAAAUAUAAUGAGCACAACAUUUUCUAUAGAUCUAUUUAUUCAUAGCAACUGAUCAUAUUUGCUUUUAAAAUAGCAGUCCAGUACAUGUCUGCUGAUUUCUAUCGACUAAUAUAACUGUAACAAAUUUUGUGCCAGCUGUUGUAAAUUAGAUGUCCUAAAUGAUAUAGUCAGGCUUUGGACAUAUUGCACAUAUAACAAGUCUUAAUUCCACCCAGAGCUUUGUGCACUGGUUGCAGUUUUAAUGGUAGGUAAUGGGUUUGUCAGAGUAACACAAUCAUGUGUGCUAGAUCCUAAUUUUUCUGGUACUUUAUUUUUUUUUUCUUAGCUUUGCAAUGAGUCUUUUCUUGUCUAUUUUCAGCUGCUGUGCAGCUGUUAAGCCCAGGGUUUUAAAUAAAGUCUUGAAGCAAAAAUGCAGAAUGUCUCUCAUCUGCCAUUUCUGAGUGCUCAAGACCAGUCAAAGCAUUGCAAUGUAUAAGGUUGUAUCAAAAGUGCCUUCAAUAGGCACUAAUAUCGAAGUACUUCAGUAGUAAUUCAGUUUUGCAGUACUUCAUAUUGCUUUGUAGUUUUGAAGGUUUUUUUUUUUGAAUGCUGUUGGAUACAGGUUUCUAUAUCUUGCACUACACCUUGUCUGUGUAACCUUUACAUUGUGAUGUUUGACAUUCAGCUCGCUUGACCACAAAAGCAUGUGUUUACUAAUUGCCAUACAAAAUUCUGAAAAGAAAUGCAAAAUUUGAGAAUACCAAAGAAAACCUUUUUUUGUCUUUUUUCUCAAGCAAUAUUAAAAUUGUAUUUAGUUGAUAAAAAGGAACACAUUAAAGUCCAUGUCUUCCCUUUUACUAACUAAAUACAUAAUUUGAUGUACUGUAGUUUUUAUAAUAUAUGUAUAUAUUGACGUUACAAAGCUCACUUUUUUACUUGCAUUCAAAGUUUGUACAUUUUUACUCUUUUUAGAUUCAACCCAUUUUAACUCAUUCAUUGUUGGAGAUUCUGAUGGGAAACAAUGUGCAUUGCAGGCCUGUCUUGCAUUAAAUGAGUUAAUUUAUUUUAGUACAUUUGUGCACUGUGACUGUGACUCAAUCCUUUGUAUUACUGGACACAUUCAGGGGCCUUUAUUUUAUUAGAACUAUAAUAAUUUUGUGACUAUGCUUCAAAUAAAGCAAGGCUGAAACCCA